AUGUGGAAAUCUGUAGUAGGUCAUGAUGUAUCUGUUUCCGUGGAGACCCAGGGUGAUGACUGGGACACAGAUCCCGACUUUGUGAAUGACAUCUCUGAAAAAGAACAACGGUGGGGAGCCAAGACAAUCGAAGGCUCUGGACGUGCAGAACACAUCAAUAUCCAUCAGCUGAGAAAUAAAGUAUCAGAGGAGCAUGAUGUUCUUAAGAAGAAGGAGAUGGAAUCAGGUCCCAAAGCAUCCCAUGGCUAUGGAGGUCGAUUUGGGGUGGAAAGAGACCGAAUGGACAAGAGUGCUGUGGGCCAUGAGUAUGUUGCUGAAGUGGAGAAGCAUUCUUCACAGACUGAUGCUGCUAGAGGCUUUGGAGGAAAAUACGGAGUUGAAAAGGAUAGGGCUGAUAAGUCUGCAGUUGGCUUCAAUUACAAAGGAGAAGUGGAGAAACAUGCAUCUCAGAAAGAUUACUCACGUGGUUUUGGUGGCCGUUAUGGGGUAGAGAGUGAUAAACGUGACAAGGCUGCCUUGGGAUAUGACUACAAGGGAGAGACAGAGAAACAUGAAUCCCAAAGAGAUUAUGUGAAGGGCUUUGGUGGUCAGUAUGGAAUACAGAAGGACAGAGUGGAUAAGAGUGCUGCUGGCUUUAAUGAAAUGGAGGCUCCAACUACAGCUUAUAAGAAGACAACACCCGUAGAAGCUGCUUCUAGCGAUGCCCGUGGAUUGAAGGCAAAAUUUGAAUCCAUGGCUCAAGAGAAGAGGAAGAAGGAAGAAGAAGAGAAGGCAAAGCAGAUGGCCAGACAACAGCAGGAGAGAAAGACCCUAGUAAAGUUCAGCCAUGAGGUCCGGGAGCCAGUUGUCACUGCAGAAAAACCAGUGGUGUCCACUCCAUUGCCAAAGAAAAUCUCUUCAGAGGCCUGGCCUCCAGCAGGGAGUUGUCUCUCAUCAGAGCCUGCACCAGUGAAAACCAAUGUGAAACAUCCAAUAACUUCUCUUGCCUCAACACAGUAUCCACAAGAGGACAAUGAGGAGCCCCCAGCCUUACCCCCCAGAACUCCAGAGGGCUUCCAGCUGCAGGAAGAGCCAGUGUAUGAAGCAGAGCCUGAGCCAAUUUAUGAAGCAGAGCCUGAGACCGUGUAUAAAGCAGAGCCUGAGGCAGUGUAUGAAGCAGAGCCUGUGACAGUGUAUGAAGCAGAACCUGAGAAUGACUAUGAAGAUGUUGGGGAAGUAGUUGCUCGUGCGCAGGAUGCUGACCCAGAAGGGGACUAUGAAGAUGUUCUUGAACCAGAAUCUUCUAUGCCUGGAUCAUCAGGCUGCCCAUCUGGGACUGGAGCUGGGAUCUCAGCUAUAGCCAUUUAUGACUAUCAAGGAGAGGGAAGCGAUGAGAUUUCUUUUGAUCCAGAUGAUGUCAUCACUGAAAUUGAGAUGGUGGAUGAGGGCUGGUGGCGUGGACGUUGCCAUGGUCACUUCGGACUUUUCCCUGCAAAUUAUGUUAAGCUCCUUCAGUGACCAGCCCUCCUUUUCUUCUGCAACAUGACAUUCCAUGUCCAAAGUCCUUGCACCCUCUCAUUCUUGCUGCAUUAGUUUGAAAGACCUUCAAGAGUUACUCAAGGUUCUUAGAUAAGUUUUCCCCUGGCUUGAAGCAGAAAUAGCAAGAGGAAGAGUGCCUCACAGUGCCCUCACUGUCUUAAUGAGUUUCUAACAUUUAUGUUCCUAUCUCCUUCCCCAUGGUUUUCCUAUAAAAACCCAAGAUCUUGCUUCCUCUGUUUAUGUGCACUGUGCCUCCUAGUUGGCUCACCUGGGAAGGUCUAUUCAGAAUGGUUGGUUUGCCUGGUUGUGUUCUUUGCCCACUUUAACUCCCUGCAGAGA